AUGUCGGAACAUAUCUUUUAUAAUGUUUCUCCCGCUAAAAGAAAGCACGAAUACGUUAAUGAAACUACUAACAUUCUAACGGAGAACAAUUCACCAAAAAGACAGUGUUCAGUUUAUAUCUCGGUUGAAGGAGAACUUAAUAAUACAUUAUCAAUUAAGAAACCAUCUCGUGUUGAUUCUCACCUACUUCAUUCUCUUUUCGAAUUUUCAGAUAAUCUUUCUGAUUUCGAUGAAAGCCCUAAGGCCGAGUCACUCAAUUCUCAUGCAAUAUCAAUGCAAGAGGCUAGAGACAAUGAAAAACCUGUAAACCAAGUUCCUGAUGCCCAGUUAGCCAAUUCAAAACCAAUACUUUUGAAUAGUUCUGACAGAAUUUUACGAGAAUCUAACCGCUCUAAGGCCAAUGAAAAGCAAGAAAAUAUUUCUGGAACUCAGUUGGCAGAUAAAGGAUCCCUAUUAUGCGGUACACCUGCAAAAUCUUCAAAAUUUGAUGGUUUUUCCACAGCAAAUGGAAAACCUGCAAAAAAAAUUUCGGACGCACAACGAGCGUAUGCAGAAUCAAUAUUUUCAAGUAAUUCUAAUAGGAUUAUGCAAGAAUUAAAUAGUUGUACGCCUCUAGCAGAUACAGAGUUGGUAGUAUGCAAUACUCUUAUGGAGUCUCCAAAAUUCAGUGGUUUCUUCUCCGGAAGUGGGAAACCUGUAACGAAAAUUUCUGAUGCUCAAAGAGCAUAUGCAGAAUCAAUAUUUUCAAAUAAUAUUUUGCAAGAAUCAAAUAGUUGUAACGCCAAAGAAAAACAAGAUGAAAAUAUUACUAAAGAUCAACUAGCAGACUCUGAAUCUUUUUUCCGGAAUAAUCCUAGAAAUUCUUCAAAAUUUGGCGGUUUUUGCUCAGCAACUGGAAAACCUGCAAAGGAAAUUUCUGAAAUGCAACUCGCAAAAGCAAGAGCGCAAUUUGAAGUAACGAAACUUUUUAAUGAUGAGAAACUUAAUGGAAAUCUCAAUACGCCAGCUUUUAAUGAAACGUCAAGUAAUCCUUCCAAUGCAAUUUCUGAUUUGCCAAAAACAAGAAAUAUUAAGGAUUCUGAAUCUUCUACUAGACCAUUAAUGCUCAAUACGCCAAUCAAAACUCCUAUUAGAUCACAAACUAAACAAUUGCAAACAUCAUCAAUCAGUAAUUCAAAAAAAUCUUUCACUACUCCAUACCAAAUGAGGAUUGGGAAUUUUACUCCAUUGCAAAGCAAUAGAAAAAUUCAUAAAAAUUCUUUGCAAUUGAAUACGCCGCCCUCGAGUGGUCUACGUAAGAAUUUAUAUCCAAUUUUACAAAAUCGAGUUCACCAUACGCCAACUCCCACGCCAAUAAAUACUAACAAGUCUCAUAUUGAGAUAUAUUAUCAUGUAAUUAUCUUACUAAUAUUAAAACUGGCAGCAUCUGGUUCCCGAGUGAGACUACGAGAAAUUGUUACUCAACAUCCGUUAAGCUAUUCAGAGUCUACUUUAUUGAAGCUUGGGAUAAAAUCGGAAAUAAUUCAUAUGACUUCUGAGAACGCCAUAACUUAUCGUUUUCAAAUUUCGGAAAAUAAUGAAUCUACUUGGGGAUUUAAAGAAGCAAAAGAUGAAUUAAUUCAAUGUGGAGCAGAUCCUGAAUUGAUUGAUGAAACAUGGGUAAAAAAUCAUUACGGUUGGAUUUUAUGGAAAAUUGCAAGCAUGAUUCGAUCAUUCCCUGAAAUAUUUCAAGGUUGGUGGUGUCCAACUAAAGUUAUUGAACACUUACGAUACAGAUACGAAAAGGAAAUCAACUGUGCACAUAGGUCUGCUUUGAAAUUAACAAUCGAGAAAGAUGGCUCUCCUUCCUGGCCAAUGAUUUUAUGUGUAUCUGAUAUUUACGAAGUUGUAUCCUCAACGAUAUCUUCACAACUGCCACCUGAAACGAUAACCAAUAGUGUGGUAAAGAAUGGACUGGUCUUAACGGAUUCGUGGUACAAGAUUCGCGCUUCCAUCGACCCACCAUUACAACGGGCUAUCAAUUCCAAAAAAUUGCGCAUUGGCUGCAAAAUAGAAAUCUGCGGAGCCAAACUUAAAGGAGGUGAAGAUGCAAAGCCAGCGCUUGAAGUUGAUGAUUCUACACACCUUAUAUUAUCAGCUAAUUCUACUAGACUCGCGAUGUGGGACGCGAAAUUGGGCUACAGCAACAAGAAGCCAAGAAUGUCUUUACGUUCUCUUGCCCCUGACGGGGGGUUUAUUCCUGUUCUGGAUGUAAUCAUUCUUCGCAAAUAUCCAAUGUUAUUUCGAGAAACUUUCAAAGAUAAUAAACCCGCCAUUAUACGCUCGGAGGCUGAGGAGGAGCUAGAAAUAAGGAAGUAUGAGGAAAAAAUUGAUAAAGAAAUUCCGUAUUUAAUUUCUGAAUAUCAAAAAUCAAAUACUGUAAACAAAACUCAUACUACCAUAAAUCUUAAAAGUAUCGAAGAAAACCUAUCGACAGCAGAAAUUUAUGAAUUAUUACAAGAAGAAGUGGAACCUUCUAGGAUUUGGAAUACUCUAAGUGCUCGACAAUCACAAUCCCUUCAAGAUUUCAUUUUGUCGAAGGAACAAGAAAAAUCCGAAGAGAUGAGAAAGUGGAUUUUGGAGAAGCUUGAAGAAAAAGAUUUUCAUCGUAAUGUGGUGCAUUUCUUUAAAGUAAGCAUUUGCGAUUAUCCAAUUUUCUCGAAGUCCGAUGAGAGGUUGGCAACUUUGACGAUAUGGAAGCCUGAUGAUGCCAUGUUUAAUAGGAUUCAGGAGGGCCGACGAUAUUUGAUAUAUAAUGUUACGACGCCGAAUUCCCAAAGAUAUCCGCUAUAUCUCGAAACCCAUAUACGAUUGAAUUCAAUGGGACACUCAACAGCAUUUAAGGAAGUAGCGUUGGAUCCGAAAAAGUUAGAAGUAUCAAGAUAUAAACCAAGAAGUAUUACGCCUUGUAGCGAACUUUGGAAAGCACAAAAUUAUGAUGAAUUUGAUCUCGUUGUUUGCAUUUUAGGGGCUUGGGAACCUAAAUUAAGUGUACAAGCUGACGGCAAAGAAGUUCAAGUGCAAGCAAUAAUGGUAACUGAUGCUAGCGAACAAUUAACACUUAUCGAAAUAAACAUUUUUUCUCGAGCAAUCAUCUUCAAGCCAAAAACUAUUAUCUUCCUAAAGAAUUUAAGUUAUCGUAAAUGCGAAUAUCAAUUUGGAAUUCAUUUUCUCUCCACCACUAAUGAAACUCAAAUCAAAAUUUCUCCUCAUGAGAAUUAUGCGAAAUUUGCUAUUAAAGAUUUGUACACGUGGGUUCAAAAAAAUAUGCGGAUAUUUGAGAAUUUGCGUUCAACUGCAGAGGAUAUUGGUGGUCCUGUAUUGGACGCAAUCUAUUACAGAUAA